AUGUCAUCAGUCGCUGAGGAAAACAAGCAGGAAAAACUGAAUCAAGAAACAGCCAAGGCAGUACAGUCAUCUGGUGGCAUUAAUUAUCUUUAUGCAGAAUAUAUUCGCAAAGUUGCAAAUAGAGUAGUUCAAUCCGAAGAUUCAGUCGUAGAUCGCUUACAACCAAAUGUUCAUGUUGACAUUAAGGAAGAAGCAUGGCGUCAAGCAAUUUGCGUUACUCUUGCUUAUCUUAAGAGAUUCAAAAUGGAAGAAUCAAUUGCUACAAUGAGAACAGAAUUCCCAGAAACGCCAGCUAAAUCAGGAUAUAGCAAACGCUCAGAUCUUGAAGCAUUCUUCUCAGAAACAGCAGAUAUUAUUUCUGAAGUCAAGCGCAAGAACUUUGACAAGAGAGUUAAGGCAUUUGCUGAUGAAGCAGGUCUCGAUGCUGCUAUGCCAUCAGCUAAGAAAGAAAAGCGUCAUAAGCAUUAA